GGAAAUGGGAUCCUUGGCCUGAGCGCAUUAUUUCGGUCUGUGUCGGUGUACUAAUACAAGGUUCGAAAUAAACGCUGUCUUUUUCCGCCCCAUCCAACCCAGACCAGAGCGCUGCACACCACUAUAAUUUUCUAGAGGUGAGAGGGGUUGUAUGAACUACGUUGUGAAUCACUGCAUUGCAAAUACUCUCAACAGGCACUGGAAAUUCAAUUUAAGAAGACUGCACUUUUUAAUGUUUAAACUUUUUGUUUUUAAAGCUCAUGUCCUUGUACUACUUUGCAGGACAGCCUGAAAGCAUCACAGAAACUAUGCUGCCCACUCAUUUUCUCUCAGAAGUAUUUGAAAUAAAUAGGACAAUGGUUUUCUUUCGUUAAUCGUGCUCAUUGCCUGCACUUUGAUGGCUUUUCACCUCAUUACACAGUUUUAUACCUGUGUAGAAGGUGGACUGAAGGCCGCGCAGGAACUGAGCUGCACUGACGGAAUAGUUCCUUAAAAAAACCCGCCAUUGUUUGAGAGUAGUUGGUGUAAAAUAAAGCGUUAAAAAUGUCGUUGUUCUGAAUAGUAAUCCCGUUGUACGAAAAAAGGCUAUGCAUUUUUACAGUGGUUUUCCCGUUGUGUGGGGAACUAAGAGGGCUGAACCGUUCUUCUCCAUCUACACUUUCUCAUUACUUUGGUUCUUGAGCUCAGGAAAAGGUUCUUUACUCUCCACCUUCCUCACGCAGCUCCUGUAGCUGUAGGUCGCAACUCCACUUGUGAGAAGUGUUGCAGAUAAAACGCACACACACGGAGUGUUAGGGUUAGGGCACGUCUAUGGCAACGAAGCGCAGCCGCCUCGGUGCAAGUUCCGCAAGUGUAGCGCGCCCGGCCCCCUCUGCCGCGGGCCAGCAGGUUGUAAAGCCAUUAAUACAGUCCGGUUUGCUGUCAUUAGAGCCGCUGCUGUGAGCCUCCUUGGAACCAUUAGCCAUGCACUGUCUUUCCACUUCGGGCUCUUGCGCUGCUGCCCUCAUCCGCGCCUCCCUUUUACUUCUCGGCAUCGGAGAAGCAUCCAGCGCCAGCUUCAAGGACAGCAGUGAGGAGCCCCCGGGGCAGUCUGAAGAGGUAGCCCAGUGGUGGGGGGAGUGGAGCAGCUGGUCCACCUGCUCUCGAACCUGUGGAGGAGGGGUGCGUUCCCAGGAGCGCCAUUGUCUGCAGCAGAGGCUUACAGCAGUGCCUAAUGUGAGCAUCUCCAUUUGUGUUGGGGCUGCAAAGAAGUACCAGCUGUGCCCUCAUCAGCCAUGUCCCUACAGCAGAAUCAGCUUCAAACAGCAGCAGUGCUCCUCCUUCAACAGCAAAGCCUUUGGCAAGAGGCACUACGUAUGGGUCCCCUUGUACCCAGAUGACUACAUUAGCAUUUCCAGUAAGCCAUGUGAUCUCCAGUGUACCACCACCACUGGGGAGAGACAGCUCCUGGUCCCAGCCCAUGAUGGCACUUAUUGUCGGGAUGGGAUCUACCAGGGGGUGUGCAUCGAAGGCCAGUGUCAGGUGGUGGGUUGUGACGGGAAGCUCUACUCCAGUAAAAAGGUAGACAAGUGUGGAGUGUGUGGUGGGACCGGCAACUCGUGCUACCGCGUCUCAGGGUCCUACCGAAAGGGAAUCACACAGUUAGGUUACUUGUUCAUAACCAGUAUUCCUGCUGGAGCUACUGACAUCCAGAUCAUUGAAAGGCGGAAGACUGAAAACAUUCUUGCUCUUUCUGAUGAAGCCGGACACUUUUUCUUCAAUGGGAACUUUAUCAUCGACAACCCCAGGAACUUUCAUGUGGCGGGUACAGUCUUCAAGUACAGGAGACCUGCUAAUAUCUUCUCUGAUGGUCUGGAAUAUAUCAUUUCCCAGGGCCCCACCAACCAGGGACUGAAUGUUAUGUAUUACAACUUGAAUGGGAAGAUGCCGCACAUCACAUAUGAGUACACUGUUCCUCGAAUGGUGGAGCCUAAGAUGGCAACACCUCUGGUACUUGACUCAGGUUUCCUCCAAAAGCAUGGGGCAGCGGCAGUGCUGCCUGAGGCCCAGCAGAGUCCAGAAUGGGACACCAAUGACACCAUGGUAGAGGUCUCGUAUGGCAGCAACGAGAUUAAUGUUAGUGAGGAGUAUAGGGUGAGGAACCACACAAUGCUGCAGGCCCCAUAUGAUGGUGUGUCACAACUUGUGGGCUCAGAGUGGGAGCUGGAACCCCUGCUGAACCUCACCAACCUGCCUAGCAUCGCUCCCUUCCAACCUAUUACAGAAUCCCUUCCGAACAAUGUGGAGAGUGACCUACGUGGUACUGAGGGCCAGGUGGAUUUUGCACAUUUGGAGGCAAACUUAAUCUAUAGGAAUGCUGGCUAUCAAAAUGGGACACAUAAUCUUCCCAAGUCCCUCCUAAGGAGCCUGACCCGCCCGGGGCCACCCCAGCAGCUGUGUGCAAACGGCUCUACCGUUGCCUCACCUUGCCCAGGCACUGAGGACUCGGAGAUUGUACGGAACGGUGUCUCCCCAGGCAACACCCUGUUACUGGACGUGCGCCCAGUGGGUUUGGACUCUGAGCCCAUUGAUGGGAACCCUUCUGGACCCUCAGUGGAGACGGGGCCUCUACAAAAUAGAACAUUUCCUCAGCAGGGCAGUCUGUUCAAGCUCCAGCAGGUGGUGCCAGCACUAGCACACGACACUGAGAGCAGCAAUGAGUUUGAGGUGGGAUCUCUUGAUCAUGACAUCAGCCUGGCUGACAUGUACAGAUGGAAGGUAUCUGCGUAUGCACCCUGCAGUUCAACAUGUACCACAGGGAUAAGCAUUUCCUAUGCCCUGUGUGUUCGCUUUGAUGGAUCUGAAGUAGACGAGAGCCACUGCGAUGCUUUAACCAGACCGGAGCCCACCCAUGAGUUCUGCACAGGGAAAGAGUGUCCCCCGAGAUGGGAGACGAGCCGUUGGAGCGAGUGUUCCAGGACCUGUGGCGAGGGCCACCAGUUCCGCACGGUGCGCUGCUGGCGGAUGAUGGCGCCUGGGUUCGACAGCACUGUGUACGAUGAGCUGUGCCGCGCAGCUGAUCUGUCCAAGCCCAUGGCUCGAAAAGCGUGUCGGAGCCAGGCGUGUGGACCGCAGUGGGAGAUCUCUGCCUGGUCUGAGUGCUCAGCGCGCUGCGGUGGCGUGGGCCUGCAGACCCGUGAGGUGCGCUGUUCAAUGGACACGCGGCUCUGCAAUAACUCGACCCGCCCUCCGGCCGAGCGGGAGUGCAAGGGGCCGCCGUGCGACCGCAGAUGGACCGUGUCCGACUGGGGCCCUUGCUCAGGGCCCUGUGGAAAGGGCCGCAUGACGCGCUACGUGGUGUGCAAGAACAGCCACGGCAGCGUCAUCUCCGAUGUGCAGUGUGACCUCGACCUCAAACCCCUGGCUGUGUACCCCUGUGGGGAUAGAAACUGUCCCGCCCACUGGGUGGAACAGGAGUGGGAACAGUGUAAUGCCACCUGUGGGCGCGGCUCGAAAACACGGCAGGUGGUCUGCUCUGGCCUAGAGAACGGUGUCUUCAAGGAGUUCCCUGAGCAUGCCUGUGAUCCGGCUCUGAAGCCCGAGGAGACGGCAGCCUGCUUUGAGAGGCCCUGCUCCAAAUGGUUUACCACAGCGUGGUCCCAGUGCAGCAAGACGUGCGGCAGUGGGGUGAAGGUCCGAGAGGUCAAGUGUUACCAGGGUGAGGAGCUGGGCCACAGCUGCGACUCCAAGAUCAAACCUGAGGCUAGGCGGGUGUGUGAGGAACAAUCCUGCCCGACGGAGGCGCCAGAAGAGGCGUGCCAGGACAAGGCGACAGCGAACUGCGCUCUGGUGCUCAAGGUGAAGCUGUGCACACACUGGUAUUACAGGAAGGCCUGCUGCCUGUCAUGCAAGAACAAGGCCCAGUAGGGUUUCCUCCUGCGAGCCGCUGUAGUGUGUUGUAGGGUUGCCCUGGGAGAUGGAGCAGCUCCAAGUGAACGGGCUCUAUAGCUCUCCAGUCUAGCUGGGUCCGCUCCCAGCGGGCAGCUCCUGAGGGUCAGCCGACAAAGAGUGGAUCGCAGAGCCCAGGAGGGAACAGGACGGUUCAUGGGGCAACAUGUUCCUGGAUGGACUGCUACCUGGGGUGAAGCUGCCUAGUUUGUCCCUUUUAUUUUACCUGUACACAUUUUUGUGUAAUUGUUUCUAAGUGUAACUGUUCUAGAAAACCUGAAAUAAAACCAG